AUGGCUAUGGCCAAACUACGAAUUUUCUCGUUUGACAACGAAUAUCGAGUUACGGCGUUCGACGACGGCCCGUUACAAAUUUCGGGCAUUGACGCAAAGCGAUUCUCUCGAUUACGCAUCGUGAACGGCAAGAUUUGCGAUGAAGAGUCCAUAAAAGCUGGUCUCGCCACUGCAGAAGACCGAUUUCGCGGCCAGAAAGAACCCCCUCAUUAUUACCAGAUCCCGCCCAACAGCGAUAGCAAGAGCCUCGCGGCGAGUAAGGAGCCAAAAUCGACAAAAAUCAUUCGGUCGGCAGAGUGUAUUCCUCGAGCGCUGGCAAAUCCGAAACGGAACAAGAUUUGCCUCACGGUGUCAAUCGAUCUAGAUGCCGUUUCUGGUUGGCUUGGGACAAAUUCCCACCCCUACAACAACCUGGCCGACGACUCCUCUGGUUUCUUUGCGGCUCGCGUGGGUAUCCCCCCGACUGCUUUGCAUGCUGAAGAAACUCGAAAUCGCCAACCGAUGCACUUGUUUAUUCCAGGCCACUCCGUCGAAAGUGCCCCCGACGAGGUCCAGCAGGUUAUUGCCUCGGGGGCUGAGACAGUUUUCACGGGUAUGCGCACAAAGGCGCCUACCAGCUCACACCUGAGCAAGAACGCGACGUGUUAG